AGAGAAGAAUACUAAGCUUACAAAUAAUGGUGUAGGAAUGCCUUAAAUAGUCUGGCAAAGCCUUGCACGACACAGAGUCGUACCGAUCAAAGCCAAACCCUACGUACUCGGUAACGAACACAAAUCCCUUACAUUUCCCCGGUCUUUCAAAGCUGCAACGUCCUCGUUGCCAUUACAGACGCAAGCACAAGGUUCCCUUGCAUACUGCAACUCACUGCUUUCAUCACAACAGUGGGCAUGCUCAGGCAACUGCACCCCCAUACAAUGCCAUGGCAUGACUACAUAUGGGACUCAGACAGCUAACCACAUAAGGCAAGGUGUUCCAGCUAAGAAAAACCCAAAGACAGCAUAGCUUGGUUCAAAUGAAAAGCAUGACUGUGUGAGCUCCGGAAUGAUUGCAUCUACUGCACACAUAAGCACACAUGAGAACUCGAAGGAAAGUAAGAACGGAGAAUCUCGUGAAGGUGAUGGCUGCUGCAACACGAGCACGCAUACAACCUACACGACGGGCAGGCAUACUGGCGACCAGGGCACGGCGAUUAACGUUGAACGAACGAGCAGCUGUGGGAUGGCUAACGCUUCGGACGAUGUGACGGCUAAGCGGCUGGAGGUGUACCUUACGAUGCAGCGACAAUACGCGGAGCAGCUAAAGCUGUCUCAAGCGCUGUCAGCCCGACUCGAUGCUAUGGCAUCCCAGGCAACGCUGCUUGAGGAGGUCCUUGUUUCGGCCUUAGGAAGGCUCGGCUCUUCCCGCGGGCGCCUGAAACGGAAAACCAACCCCGACGCCGCCGCCGACACAGUCGAUGCCACCGAAGCUCCAUUCGGCCAUUCAGCCAACCUUCGAAGGAAAACUAUUACUGAUACAGCCAACCCGCAGCCUUCGCCUGCUGCGUUAGAUGAAGCCGCGGGCGUUGACGCGGCACGGAGUUCGCGAUGUGCUGCCGCACCGCGGGCAGCUGCCGUACCGCCGGCGCCGCUGCCGCCUGUCUGGGCGGACAUCAACAGUUGGGAUCGCAUACGCCGGGUAACGUCUGUGCCACCACUGUCACCUUUCAUGACUAAGGCGCUCAUGGAGAGCGGCAGCAGCGGCGGCGGCGCCACCGCCGCCGGCCAUUGCUCAGCACCGUCGCCGCCGCCAACGGCACUGCUAUCUUCGCUCUCCGCCGAGCCGCCGCCGCUGCCGCCGUCACCUUCCCUGGCACCAUCACUGCCGGCGGCGCUUCCCUCCAGCCUCCACUCGACUGCUACUGCCAGUUGGUCCGCGGGGAGCGACUCGCUUAACACCGGUAACACUCCAACUGCAACCGUCAACGGUCCGAGCAACUGCCUCGCCCUGGCCGAGUCGCCAACCGUGAUGGAUCAGGGCUUGGCGGAAAGCGUUACGAAUGGCGGCGGCGGCGGCGGCGGUUGCGGCAACGGGAUUGUGGAAGGCGCACGUGCUGGGCCCGCAAGACCGGCAGCGGCUUCUUGUCGCAAUGAGCCGGCGGCGGCGGCCGAAUGGGCGACGACGCCAACGCUGACACAAGCACAUGCAGAGAUCCUGCCGUACAACAACCUAUGUCAGCAGGGAAUUGUACGAUUCCAGCAGGAGCUCGUGCAGAAGCUAGGAAAGCUGAAUCGCAGAGGCGGCGCUGCCGGCGGCUGUGGCGGCGACGGAAACGGCAGUAGCAGCAGUACACACAGCGUCGCCAGCAGCGGCCUCGCCGCAGACGGCGGCAAAUCAGGGCGGCGCCAAAGGCAUCAGCAUCACCAGCAAAAGCAGCGUUGCGAUCUGGCGACGGAAUCCGCUCUCGAAUCCGUACGGCUCACAGCCACCAAAAGCGCUGCCGCACCUGCUGUCGUACAGGCUGCUCCGACAUCUCUACACAGCCCGCUCGUCUUCAGCCCGUCGUACUUCAGCAACCCGCAAGUCCUACAUGCGCUACAGCUCCAAGGCAACCAGCGGUACGAGGUUCCACUUGUACGGCAUCUUGUACGGCAGCCUAGCGGCGUCUGUACGGACCCUCGGGACAUGGACAUCCUUGCCGGCCCGGGGGUCAUGACCCCGGCGGGGUCUGGGACCUCGAACGACGCCCGCCCUGUAGACAACUUUGGACAGGUCAUGUACGGCACACAGGCGGGACAGGCGCGUCAAGCAUGCAUGUACGGCAUCCUUCCGUCCCUCCCGACAUCCGCUAUCCCGGGCAUGCAGGUCGCCGGUUCAAAUCCUGGUCCGUUCGCUACCAUGGCGGCGUUUGACAGUCGCCCAAGUGGGGCCGCCGCCGCCGCCGCCAUGCCCAAUGGCGGUUCCGUAGUUCCGGGCAUCUGUCUGAACCUGCAAACAUUGCCGUACUCGGACCUGCCCACAUUCGCCGCCGCCGCCGCCUCUGUCGAUGACUGCGGUGGCUUGCUGUGCGGGUCGUCGUCCGCCCAGGCUUCAACGCUGUGGCAACAUCAGGCUCUCCUUCCCACACUCGCCUGUCACAAUGCCGCCGCCAACAUGAACACCAACCUCGACGUGCAGAACCCCGUGUGCAGCCCUCGAGGUCCUCGACAGAAUUUAGCUGUGGAGCCGCCUCCCUGCGUUUCAUCUUCACCAUCGAUGUUAAUGUCAUCACCAUCUCCCGCGCCGCCAGCGCCGUUUAGCCCCAGCAGCCUCAGCCUCAUCCACGGGCCCGUGGGCUACGUGAGCGCACCGACGGUGUUUGAGGGAUUAGGGCUGCGGCUGCGGCUGUGA